CCCGCGGCGCGGGGGACUCCACCUCCCCGGGUCCGGAGGACAGACUUUGGCCCCGUUGCCUGGGCUCCCACUGCCCUCGGCGCUUAGACCUUGCACCGCGGGUGGUUUGCUGGGCUGUAAACAAGCCGCUCCGAGAAGUCUCUGAAAACCACGGCAUCUGCCCCGAGGACCACGCACUCUGCAGAGAGCCGGAGCCAUGCGCGUGGCCAUCAUCGGGGCCGGGGUGAUCGGCCUCUCCACCGCCCUGUGCAUCCACGAGCAGUACCACAGCCUGGUGCCCUCCCUGGAGAUGGAGGUCUACGCAGACCGCUACACGCCCCGCACCACCAGCGACGGGGCAGCCGGCUUGUGGCAGCCCUACCUGAGCGACCACGGCAACCUGCAGGAGACGCUCUGGAAUAAAGAGACGUUUGAUUAUCUGCUCGGACACCUGGGCUCACCGGCAGCGAAGGAAAUGGGACUGUUCCUCAUUUCUGGCUACAACCUGUUUACGCAGCCGGUGCCGGACCCGUCCUGGAGGAACAUUGUCCUGGGAUUCAGGAACCUGACGCCAAAAGAGCUUGAGCUCUUCCCCGGUUACAGCUACGGCUGGUUCAACACGGCGCUGAUGCUGGAGUGCAGGAGCUAUCUGCCGUGGCUCACCAACAGGUUAACGCAGAGGGGAGUGAAGUUUUUCCAUAAGAAGGUUGAAUCUUUCCAGGAGAUGUUUGCCCAGGGCGCGGAUGUUGUAAUAAACUGCACUGGGGUGCGCGCGGGGGAGCUGCAGCCCGACCCGGAGCUACAGCCCGGCCGUGGACAGGUCAUAAAGGUCCUGGCCCCAUGGGUGAAGCAUUUCAUCAUCACUCACGACAUCGAGUCUGGUAUCUACAACUCGCCGUACGUCAUACCGGGGAGUGAGUUCACGGUCUUGGGAGGAAUCUAUCAGCAUGGCAACUGGAACGAGGAAAACAGCGCCCAGGAUCACAAAACCAUCUGGGAGAACUGCUGCAGGCUGCUCCCCGCUCUGCAGAAUGCGAAGAUCGUGGAGGAGUGGAGCGGCUUGAGACCAGCGCGCCCCUGGGUUCGCCUGGAGCGGGAGACCGUCCGCCACGGGCAGUUCCAGGCAGAGGUGAUACACAACUACGGCCACGGCGGGUUCGGGAUCACCAUCCACUGGGGCUGUGCCAUGGCAGCAGCCAGGCUCUUCGGGAGCAUCCUCCAGGAGAAGAAGCUGGCCAGCCUGCCGCAGCCCCGCCUGUGAGUUGCCCGCUCACCCAGGAUUAUCGUGACAGCAGUAGCUUAGAAAUCACAGCAGAACGAUGCGAAUAACACAGUGCUACACGUGGGCCGUUCAAUCCUCCCGCCAGCUCUGACGCCGGUUCCUAGCGUCUCGUUUUCAGGUCGCUGCCAGUUCUGCCGCUGCCAUUUGCCAGACGGCUGAGUUCCCUCCGCCCCGGCCUUGCACAACCUGCCCCCAGCGCGUGCUUUCAAAUAUGGACUAAUUGUCUGUGGCAAAGCACGCUUCUGUCCCAGGGAUCAGUCUGCGAAGGGCAGGCGAGGCUCAGCUGAAACCUUGACAGUCCUGCAGUUUGUCUGCGUGAUGGGACAGGAUCUGAAACGGAGCCGGUGCCACCUGAGGUCUUCACCGACUGCUCCGACACCCAGCACAUAAUUAGAUUUGCAAGCUUCCCCCAGGAGGCAAAAGCUCCUUAGUAGGAAGAAGCUCUGAAGCUCCCAGGGAAGUAACGACGGCUCUAAAAGCACGUGCUUCGGUUACAAUAGCUUUUCUUACGUUUGUGCCAGGACAAAGCAUGGGUCUCCAGCACCUGGUUAGUGUAUCUGGCAAUAGACAGCAGCAGUUGCCUAAAAUGGGCUUUCCAAAUGAUGUUUUUAGCAACAAAAGCAACAUGUUCCAGCCCUGUGUACUUGCCAGACUCUAUAUAUAGCAGGGAGCAUACGCAAAAUAGCUGUUCUCGUCCCUAAAACUCCCACGGGCCCUUCGGUUUCUCAUUUCCUCCAGCCGUGUGCAGCAGCUGGGAGAGAGGAGCUGGCUCGGGGCGGGCUGUGCCUCCCGAAGGAGCUCCCAGGAGGGUGUGACUUUUCGGGGGUGUUCAGUGCCGCGGCCGGGGACCCAAGGCACUCUUCUGAAGAUACAGUUUGGCCGUUUUUUCCACGCCGUGUGGCUUUCCUGCUCUAAAAGCCAUCACAGACAAGGUACUUGAGAAACAUUAGCCUCAAAUCCGAAGGCCGGCGGUUGUCCCGAGCCCAGCGCACAGUGCCUGGCUCGCUCCCCUCCCCAGAUAAACCAACUGUUUCUUACUCAUCUGUGAUGCAGCUUCUCUGACUUCAUGUGCCAGAAAUACCUCAUCAACCCGGUUUGUGCUGCACCAGGCAGCUGCACCUAGUGACCGAGAGACGCUGCAGUGAAGCUGGGUGCGUUUUACCUCCUGGGUGCCUGGAUUUAAAGCAGUCCCAUGAAAAGUGCACGUUUCUUGGCCGCAGCCUCGCACCAGAUUUGCUCCCCGUCAAAGGACCCGUCUCCUGACACGCUGCUUCCAUUUCACCAAGGAAAAGAGAAAUUUGUGAAGGUUUUGCGGGCAGCGAUGGGCGCUCGGUGCUGCUGGAGAUGGUCCAUGCACACGAGGUCUGCUGCCCUGUGGGCGCAGGUGAGACUGGUCUCAUUUUCAGCAGCGCUAUGGAGGUGACCGUGCCAGCACCGCCAUGGCCCUGGGAGACCUUCCAGCAACCUCCUUUUCCACUGAACACUGUGUGGCCGCUGUGCACCUCUCCAGCUUACACGCCCCGGGCAGUCAGAAAGCUCUGACGAGCUUUGCUGAGUGCGUCUGCUAAUUGUCUGCCCUUUUACAAAGCAGCAAUGGUUACUCUCACUGUUAAGGGCCAGAAUUUCUCAGCAGCUCCUGGCCCAUCUCCUUCCCUUUUGUAAAGGUGCGGGACGGAUGCGUUUGCCUCUGCUAUGACACCCGCAGCGCUGGCAAAGUGACAUCGCAGGGGAAUUCUCGAGUCCAAGGCAAGAACUCGCUGUCGAAGGCACCAACAAGAGCAGGCGCUGAAGUUCCUCUGACUGCGAUUUUGCCCUAACACUGGUGUUCCUCGCAUCCUUGCGAAGUAUAAACCACCUUGGGAUAGCGGCGGUCAUUUGUGCUUUCUGGUUGUCCUCGACUGCGGAACAGUCGCUUAGGCAAGCGCUGUCCUGCUGCCACCGCGGCAGAGCUGACAGGAAACUCCGUUCGCUGCUGCGGAGCUGCAGCACAGGCACGGCAGUGUCCGUCCUCGAAGGGAGCGAGCGUGGGCGUGCGAUAAAGAGCCCGCUGUGGUCUGGUAGCCAGGGCACCGCUGCAGUCUGCUUAAAAAAACAAAGGGAGGCACAGGAAAAUUAGGAGCCACUGUCACGUCCAGUCCGUCUGUCAAAAGGGUUUCCCGCUUCACCUGGCAGCUCACCUGAUACGUUGCAGUCCAAAGGGGUAUAAUCAAGAAAAUGAUAGAAAAAAGAAAACAGUGGCUGGAAAAAAUUUACCAUUGAUAAAUGCUAAACCUACCGGUCUGUGAUACUGCUUCAGCAGAAGCCAUUCAGUGAAAUAGCAUCCACACGAUUUCACUUAUUCCAAAAAUGAGAUAUUAAGGACCAUGCUCUCCUCCCAUCUGCACGGCUCUAAAUCCAACCGCACUUACCCGAUCUCAGAAGAGCUACGCUGGAUUAGCAGGGGUGUAGCAAAUCACUGUGUGGCUUGCUAUAAGCAGUUGAUUCUUCUGUUCUUCUGAUCUUAGAGCACACGGGAGUAGCUGUCCCGUGAUCUUACACGGCCUCUCAGAAAACAAACAGAAACCAUGAGAAGUGCAAUUUUAUUUGCUAUUUAAUUUUGCUUAUUUUCUAAAAGGCCACGAUUUAAUAUGUGAGCACAAUAAAGGUAAUAUUCAAGUA